CUUCACCGUUUGUUUCUUUUUCCCUCUCGCUUUUUGAUUGAACUCGGAAAAAAGCAUCGACAAGCAAAAAGCGAGUUCUUCCACAGAUUAAUGAAUACUUCUCAAACUGCACCUAACGCCAAACCCGCCUUGCAUGGUGUCAAAAUAAAGCAAAGAAAGAGUGUACAAAAGGCCCAAGCCAAACACGAACCUGAGAUUUUUAGAGAUUCCUUUUUAAAACCGCUCAACGCAGCCAAACCUAACGACUACGACGACUUGUCACAAAAGCUUGACGUUGCUGGAAACACACUUGAUUACAGAAAAUACAGUGACUCUUUGUUUGAAAUCCUUAUCAUUGGUGGUAUCCUUGAACCUGGUGGUGUAAUCGAUGAAGAUGCUGAACGCAGUCCUUUUAGUAUCUUUUCUGCAACCGACGAACUCGAUGAUGUUAGAAAACACGUAGAAGUGUUUAACAAACUGAUUCGUCGUUACAAGUAUUUGCAAAGAUCCUUUGAAGAGACUCUGCAAAAUAUUCUCCAAUAUAUCAACAAAUGGACGCCUGAAGAGAACAACAAGCUGGCCACCGCCGUUGGUUUCUUUAUCACCUCCCAGCUUGCCUCUUUGUCGGUUCUUAAGACCCUUCUUAAGGAUUAUUUGGUCAAGGAUGGUCAUUCUCUGCAGUUUGUCACUGCUACCUUCAAGGCUAUUCUGCUUGAUCAGUCCAUGGAACAACUUGGUCGUGCAUUGAUUAGUUGUGGCCUGGAUAGCAGAUUGAUCGACCUCUUCCCUCCUAACAAGAGAGACGAAGAAUGUCUUGCUCGCCACUUUGAGGCUGAAGACAUGAAGCCUCUCGUUGAAUUCCAUCAAAGAAAUCAACGCAACUCUCACAAGGAUGAGAUUUUAGAUCAUAUGAAGGAGAUGGUCGAUAACGAAGCUAGUCCACAGGAGUUCACUGCCUACAUCAAGGGUGAAAUCAAGAACGGGCUCUCUGAACAAGAUGCCAUUCAAAUGACCUGGACCGCCAUCAUUGACAGUGUUGAUCUCCUCAAUGCUCGUCCAGAUCAAAUCGAGCAGACGGUGAUGGGCUAUUUGAAGGAAUGGGUUUCUGUUCUCGAAACAUUCUCCAACUCACCCAAGACGGAGAUCAUCUUGUUGCAAAAGGUGCAACUUAGCUGCUACGAGAACGCCAAGUUAACCAAGUUCUAUCGUCAAAUCGUCACGCUCUUGUACAAGGAGGAUGUCGUGUCUGACACCGCCAUUGUUUAUUGGUCAGAGAAGGGCAUUAAGCCUCAAGGCAAGAAUGUUUUCUUGAAGCAGAUGGAGCCUUUCAUCAAGUGGCUUCGUGAUAAUGCUGAAGAUAGCGAAGAGUCUGAUGAAGAGUAGAUGUGUUUUUCCUUUCGUACCGUGGUUGGUUUGCUUUACAAUUUUUCUCUUUUUAUGAUU